GUAAGUGUUGUGCCUCAGAUCUCUCGCUGUCAGGAAGGUCCUGGGAGAUACGCGAUCCAGGCCUGGUUGGCGCCCGCGGAGAAAAGGACUGGUCAGGCCCAUGCGCUACAAUCUUCACUGCUGCCUUCGCCUCCUAACCGUUAAGUGCGCUGAGGGUCAUGGCUGAGGUGCACGUGAUUGGGCAGAUCGUGGGGGCCACCGGUUUCUCUGAAAGUAGCCUCUUCUGCAAGUGGGGCAUCCACACAGGGGCGGCAUGGAAGCUCCUGUCAGGUGUGCGGGAAGGCCAGACACAGGUGGACACCCCUCAGGUAGGGGACAUGGCCUAUUGGUCUCACCCCAUAGACCUGCAUUUCGCUACCAAAGGUCUCCAAGGUUGGCCCCGACUCCAUCUCCAGGUGUGGUCCCAGGACAGCUUUGGCCGCUGCCAGCUCGCAGGCUAUGGCUUUUGCCAUGUGCCCAGCAGCCCAGGCACCCACCAUCUGGAAUGCCCCACUUGGCGGCCCCUGGGCAGCUGGAGAGAGCAGCUGGCGAGGGCCUUUGUGGGUGGUGGGCCACAGCUGCUGCAUGCAGACACUAUCUACAGUGGGGCGGACCGGUAUCGUCUGCACACAGCUGCAGGUGGCACUGUGCACCUUGAGAUUGGCCUGCUGCUGCGCCACUUUGACCGCUAUGGAGUGGAGUGCUGAGGGACCCUGGUCCUCAUCCACAGCCCUGGAUACCUGGUGAGGGCAGGAUGGCUCAGGGGUCAAGAUCAGCGGCUCUGGAGACUGUCAGACCUCAUUCCAGCCAAUGCAUGGCCCCGCUUCUGUCCUAGGCCAGUAACUGCACCCUGGAGGCACAGUUUUCCACUCUGUCACACUAGGACAGUAUGAGGGCCACAGGGGUAGGGGGGUAAGAGGCUGCUUGGCACAUAGGAGGUAUUCAAUAAAGGCAAGCAGUUCUUACA